AUGACAUCUGUAGGAACUAGAAUUGUCGGCAAAUCUGGCAAUCAAUACGUUAUUGAGCGGCUUCUGCAGGAAAAAAUCCCCCCAGACAUUCGCGUUUACCUGGCAAACAAUGGAACGGAGAAGUUCAUACUAAAAAAUGUCCACGAUUUCGAUUACUACCACGAUAUCUACCGUCGCAUCUCUAGCUCUCCUUGUCUCCGCUUGUUGCAUGAUACUGUGCCAGACCAGUCAAUAUUCGUCUACGAAUACCUUACCGACCAUCUUCUCAAUAUGGCGAAAAAAGAUAUACCUAUCGUGGCCACAAAGCGAAUCCUUAGAGAUGCUUUAUGUGGACUCAAAGGGCUACAUGAUCAGAAUAUCGUCCAUACAGGUAGGGGUUUUGAUAAUAUAUUUUUGUUACCUUCCGACUUGGAACCCAUUACUCAUAUUAGUGCUAUAGACAUCAAAGCAAACAACAUCCUGAUUGACUGGAAAGAAAAGAAUGGGGAACUAGCCAUCGGGCGGGUACAACUGGCUGAUAUCGAGGAUAGCGCAAUUAUACCCCCUAAUUGUGAUAUCCUCGGGAAGGCUGUAGGAAACUGA